CAUGGCCCUUCACCAUCAGUUCAACCCCAAGUUUCAGACCUUGUUCCAACCCUGUAACUUGAUGGCAGCUAUGCAGCUUAUUGAAGACUUCAACACACAUGUCAGCAUUGACCGGAGUCCUCAUAAAACCGUCAAGAAGACUGCCAGUGAAUUUCCCUGUUUGCCAAAGCAAGUGGCUUGGACACUGGCCACAAGUAAGGUUUUCAUGUAUCCAGAGCUACUUCCAUUGUGUUCCCUGAAGGAAAAGAAUCCUCAGUACAAGAUCCUCUUCACCAAGGCUGAGGACAAUUUGUUAGCUUUAGGACUGAAGCAUUUUGAAGGGACCGAGGUUCCUAACCUGCUAAUCAGCCAGUACCUUAUGAUCUGCAAGACUGCCCGCCAGUUGACCGUGAGAAUCAAGAACCUCAACAUGAACAGAGCUCCGGACAACAUAAUUAAAUUUUAUAAGAAGACCAAACAACUGCCUGUCUUACUGAAGUGCUGUGAAGAGAUCCAGCCACACCAGUGGAAGCCUCCUGUAGAAAGGGAAGAACACCGGCUCCCGUUCUGGUUAAAGGCCAGCCUGCCAUCCAUCCAGGAUGAACUGCGGCAAAUAGCUGAUGGCGCUAGAGAGAUAGGAAAUGUGACAGGAAACACUGAGAUCAACUCAGACCGAGGCCUAGAGAAAGACUGCUCAGAUUUGCAGAGUGAAACUCAGUACCCACUGCUGUUGCCUAAAAGUGUAGUCCUGAAACUGAAGCCAGUUGCCAACUAUUUUUCCAGGAAGGCUUGGAGACAGAAGCGAUCAUCCAUCCUGAAGCCCCUCCCUAUCCGACCCAGCCCCUCUUUGCAGCCUAGCUUCAACCCCGGGAAAAUGCCAGCCAGGUCAACUCAGUCAGAAGCCCCUCUGAGCAAAAUGGCGGUCCAGAUUCCUCACCCGAUCCAGCCAGCCACUGUUCUCCAGACAGUUCCUGGUGUCCCUCCACUGGGGGUCAAUGGGAGUGAUAGUUUUGAGUCUCCUGCGGCACUGCCUGCUCUGCCCUCUGAGGCCACAACCAGCUUUCUUCCAACUGAGUCCCAGACCUUGCUUUCUUCUACUCCUGUGCCCAAGGUAAUAUUACCCUCCCUUGGCCCUUCUAAGUUUCGAAAGCCAUGUGUGAAACGGAGGACUUCAAAGAGAAAGAGGGCCAAGGCCUCUCCCUGUAUGAAACUUGCCCCCCUCAUUCAUUCUGCCCCCGUUAUCUUCACUGUGCCUGCCACCACUGUAAAGAUUUUGAGCCUCAGCAGUGGCUGUAACAUGAUCCAGCCUGUCAGUGCAACUGUGGCCCAGAGCCCCCAGACUAUUCCCAUCACUACCCUCUUGGUUAACCCUACUUCCUUCCCCUGUCCACUGAACCAGCCCCUUGUGGCCUCCCCCAUCUCACCCUUAAUUGUUUCUGGCAACUCGGUGAAUCUUCCUAUACCAGCCACCCCUGAAGAUAAAGCCCAAGUGAAUGUGGACAUGGCUCGAAAGUGUGGACGAGAGAAACAUGGCCCAAAGGAAGAGGAAGAGUCCUUGGAUGACUUCACCCAAGAUGAGGAAGAUGAAAUGUCAUCAGCUUCUGAGGGAUCUUUGCUUUCUGUCUCAGAACUCCAGGCAGCUGACAGCCUUGUCACCCAGCCUACUUACUCCCUGGAGAGAGAAGAGGUUCUCCAAAGAGCCUUUUCCUGGGGCUUUAGCCCCCCUUCCCCUUGUGGAAACCUUGACACCAAGUCUUCCAGACACCUGUAUAGGAGCAGCUCUGGUCACCCCCCCGAGCCUACUCCCAUUCAGGACACUACAAAUGUGCCUUACUGCUUCCUUGGAUUCCUUCCUACAUCCAGGAGCAGGUCCCCUCCUGGCGGAGCCUCACACAUUACACCUAUUUUCAUCCAGCUUAAGGACCCACUUUCCUUCCCUAACAAGCUCCAGUAUCCCAUCGAUUAUGAACCCUGA